UGAAUGGCUUUCUUGUUGUAAAGAAUGUUCUUAUGGAAAUUCUGGUUUUCUUUGUUAUUAUUUCAAGACCUUCUUGAAAAAGCUACAGCCAGCGCACAUACAAUGACGAAGCUGCACAACGACCUCUUUGACGUAUACGACCCAGAAAUCCGCCCCAUCUUGAACCACGGUGAAAGUGUUAAGGUGCAAGUGACAAUGUACCUGGCUAUGAUCCUUGAUCUGGAUAUCAAGAAACAGGUGUUAAAAUUCAGCGGUUUUAUGUCUUUUAAAUGGAAAGAUGAAUUGUUGGUUUGGAACACAUCAAAGUAUGGCGGAAUUGAAGACAUCAUUGCGCCUCAACGACAAGUGUGGAAACCUGAUAUUACCAUCUACAAUAACAUCCACGAUUCUUACCUUGGGGAAAAUAAUAUAAAUGUAGCUAUCAACCAUAAGGGCAGAGUGCUUUGGGAGCCACCCAUAAAUCUUGAAGUUUCUUGUGCUGUGGAUGUAUCUAAGUAUCCAUUUGACGAGAACACGUGCGUUGUUAAAGUCAUUUCGUGGAUGCAUGACGUGUCCACCAUAAAUAUUACGACCGGCCCAGAACCUAUCAAUUUGGAAAGGUUUAUUCCCAACAAGGUGUUCAAAGUUAGGUCCAGUGGAGUCGAGUGCAGAUAUUCACGCCACUUCCAAAAAUACUACAAGUACAUGCUCUUCAAGAUAACGCUCACUAGAAGGCCUUUGUAUCUUGUUAUAACGGUACUACUACCGAUCAUGCUGUUGGCUAUCUUGAGUAUCCUGUCUUUCGUAAUAUCUCCGGAUGAGAAGGACAAACUCUCUGUCGCCUUCACCAUACUGGUCGCCUUCACUGUGUUUCUCAGCAUUAUCAAUAAAGAACUGCCCAAAGACUCGUUAAAGAUGUCGCUGUUGGUUGUGUACAUCUCGCUUCUAAUAAUAGUUGCGAUAUUUGCUGUCGCGGGGAAUUGUUUGGUUAUUGUCAUGCACGAAAUUGACAAGAAAAAUCUCAAAUCCGUCUCCGUGGACACCUUGGAUGGUAGUAAUGCAGUUACGACUGAUAAAUGGUGGAAAGUCCUAAAAUCAAGAAGUAGAGCCUCGGGACUCAAUUUAUUGUUCCUGAUAUUUAAUGUCAUAUUCUUUGUCGUCAUCACAACGGUUGUUUCAUGCUUUAUGGUUUUUUAAAUUAAUUAUUAAUUUAAUAAGAUAUACAUUUCUGUCGUUAUCACAUCUGUUGUCUCGUGGUUUCUUGAUUUAAUUAUUUUAGUGAAAUAUACAUGUCUAUCGUCAUCACAUCUGUCGUCUCAUGCUUUCUGGUUUCUUAAUUUAAUUCUUAUUUUAAUCAAAUUUACAUUAUGUUUCUUCAUUAGUUUUAGAGCAAAUUAGUAUUCAGUUGAAUUUUUUAUUUUAUUUGAACGUGUUGUGGUUCUCUAUGUGUACAAUUUUCUUUCAUC